AUGCCAGCCAUUCUGCUUCCCGAGACCGUAUUCGAGUCGCUGCCGCAUACCAUAUCUCGAAGGACACUCAGCAAUGAGCAAAGACAGCACCUUGCUGAUGUCUUGACAACUCUAUCGCUCACCUUCGCCUCCGUCAGCGUCCUGUCGACGCUGGUUGCGUUGUACUGGUUCGUCAAGAUGAAACGAAACUUUCGUCAUGAGUCAAGCGACUUCAUCAAGUCAAUGGCUGCUGUCAUCUUCUCCGUCGUGAGCUUAACCAGGGGCCCCGUCAGGUCUGAGUCGGCCUUCUGUCAAGUGACCGGCUUCGCCUUCACCCUCGGCAUUGAGUCAUCUGAUAUUGCCGUGCUGCUGAUCGCGAUCCAUUCGGCAAUGUACAUCUUUCGGCCGAAGUCGGGCCUAUAUCCCUACAGACAGGUUGCUUACCUUGCCUAUUACCUCUCGCCGGUCAUCACGUCUUCCCUGGCCUUCAUUCGUGGUAACGGGUACGAAAACCUUGGACACUACUGUUAUCUUCGAAGCGAUUCCGGGCACUGGAAUCGGCUGAUGCUCAGUUGGGUGCCACGUUAUAUCAUUUGCAUUUGCAUCGUGGGCAUCUAUGCUUUCAUUUACAUCUAUAUUUUGUGGCACAUGGGCGAUUGGAGGAGGGAACAGUCAGAACUGCAACAAACCGGCCGGCGGAGUGCAAGCAGCACCGUGCCGAGCUCGCCUCACCUUUGCUGUCCCGACUGGCUCAUAUCUCCGUCCAGCUCGAGGAGGACGUCGGCGACGGACACAAUUGCCGCUUCUAAAGGGAGUCGGCAGAGAACUGGAUCAGUCGUUAGCAAUAUUGCCCAACAGAAUUUCCCCGGUUCUCAGGUUUCCAAGACCCAGACUUCACAGCCAUGGACCGCCGUUCACUGGCGUUGGUCGGGGUUUGGACAAACGCAUUCCGGCUUUGAUAGUAGGCCAUCUCUCGACCACACGACCGAGCCGAUACCGCCAGAUGCGCCGCCCAUAUCGGCACCGCCGCCAGCUCACACAUCCGAUCCAACUUCACCUGAUCCAGAAAACACUCACAUUAACACAUCCUCGAGCGACCAGGCUCAUUCCAAGCCAACGAUCAGCCGGGCUCUCCAUCGCCAGUCGCAAACCUCCCACGAAACCGAACAAGCUGGCACCGACAGCUCGCUGAUCCAGCUCCAGUCCGUCGUUGACGAUCCGGCCAUGCUACGACACCGCGAGCGCAUCCGCAAGCAGCUCCGAUCCCUCUUCGUCUACCCUCUCGUCUACGUCAUCGUCUGGCUGUUUCCCUUCAUAUCGCACGUCGUGAACGCUGAGACGUCGGUCUACCGCGGCGACCGUCCCGCGUGGUUGCUUGUCGUCAGUAUUGUGAGCAUUUGCAGCCAGGGUACGGCCGACUGUGCGCUGUUCAUGGCGAGGGAGAAGCCGUGGCGUCAUUCUGCGGGUAGGGGUUUUUGGGAGUCAAUGGGCAGGAGGAUCGCCUGGAGCUGGGGAGGAAGGUGGUUUGGUAAGGGCGGGGUUGGCAGCGGGGACCGUGCAGGGAGGAUCAGGGAAGAAAUGCUGGUUGAUGGAAGGCUGGCUAGAGAGAGGAGGCAGGAAGAAAUUCAAUCUGAGAGGAACAAUGUGGGAAGGAGUAGGAGCAAGGAACAAGGGAAUGCGUCGAUGGAAUGGUGGGAUAGAUGGGAUGAAGAAAGGGAGCCAGAAGGUCGCAGGCCCAGCGGGGCUGAGCCUCGGCAAUCUGCCGGUAAUUGA